CUUUCUAUUUUGAAUUUUUACUCUCUGACAUCGGACAAGGUGCGAAAUUCUCAGCUCAGACCGUUUUGUCACGGAGGACAUAAAGACGACUGCUUGGAGAUAUGAACGAGUCGCUGGUGGUGAACGACUCCUCUGCGACUCCUGUGGUUGCAGAGGCUCUCCCGUGGAUGGAGGCUGACUCUCCAGAGCACAACAGCAGCCUGGAGUUCUCUACCGCUCCAUUAGAUUUCCCCAUCAACCCGUGGGACAUCAUGCUCUGUAUGUCCGGCACUGUCAUCGCCUGUGAAAACGCCAUAGUGGUAGCAAUCAUCUUCUACACGCCCACCCUCAGGACUCCCAUGUUUGUGCUGAUUGGGAGCCUGGCCACGGCGGACCUGCUGGCUGGCAUGGGAUUAAUCCUGAACUUUGUGUUCCAGUACGUGAUCUCCUCUGAGACUAUCAGCCUUAUCACUGUUGGCUUCUUGGUGGCCUCUUUCACGGCGUCCAUCAGCAGCCUUUUGGCCAUCACGGUGGACCGUUACUUCUCCCUCUACAAUGCCCUGACAUACUUCUCAGAGAAGACGCUGCAGUACGUGCACCUGAUGCUGCUGGGGACCUGGGGGGUGUCUCUGUUUUUGGGCUUGCUGCCGGUGCUCGGCUGGAACUGCCUGGACGAUCCAGCCUCCUGCAGCAUCGUCCGCCCUUUGACCCGGAGCAACGUCACACUCCUUGCCACCUCUUUCUUCGUCAUCUUCGUGCUCAUGCUGACCCUGUACUUCAAGAUCUGCAAGAUCGUGUGCCACCACGCCCACCAGAUCGCCCUCCAGCAGCACUUUUUCGCCACGUCACAUUAUGUCGCCACUAAGAAGGGGGUUUCCACUUUGGCCAUCAUCUUGGGGACGUUUGGUGCCAGCUGGCUGCCCUUCGCCAUCUAUUGCCUGGUAGGUGAGAGGGAGUAUCCACCAGUGUACACCUAUGCUACACUGUUGCCAGCCACCUACAACUCCAUGAUCAACCCCAUCAUCUACGCCUACAGAAACGCAGAGAUCCAGCGCUCCCUCUACGUGCUUCUCUGUGGCUGCUUUCAGGCCAACAAGGCCUACCGGUCCAGGUCACCCAGUGAAGUCUAA